AGUAGAGAGAGUGUUUGCAAGUGUUUACAUUGUUUAUAUAUAUUUUUCUCUGCCGUUUUCUUGUUAUUCCUACAAUUUUUAUUAUUAUUUAACAAUUUCAUUUUUGAUUUCUUAAACAUAUCAAAGAAAACAAAAAGCUUACCAUAAAAUCGUAAAAGAAACAAAUGAAAAAUGCGUAAUAAAAAAACUAUUUAAUGAAAAGUUACAAAUUAUGGCGACGCCUCCUCAUUAAUGAUUAAUUUUGCAAAAAGUGAAGAAAAACGAAAAAAAUAGAAUUAUAAUUUGGUGAUUGGAUACGUCAUACUAAAACAAAAUGCUGGUUAAUAGACAAACAAGUAUAUAAUAUACAAAUUAGACCAACCAUAUAAUAAAAUACAAAACGAUGUGAAAAAAUUUAUUAAAAUCAUCAUCAUGAAUAUAAUAAAAAUGUAUACCAUAUUUAAAGAGAGAACUAAAAAAAUUAAACAAAUUUCUUUCUAAGCAGACUAAAAAAACAACAAAAUACAAAAACUUGUUUUUUUCGACAAUUUUUAUUCCCAUACGGAAUGUAUGUUUGUGUGCGAGUAAUGUAUAGACGUUACAGUUAAAUUAAAGUGGUUGGUUUUUUUAUUUAAGUGAAAGAAGUGAAUGUAUAAAAUAAAAAAACAAAGUAUAAAGUGAAGUGGCUUAAGUUCAAAUUUCGUGAAAAAAUUAUUAUGCCAAUUAUACUACAAAAAAAAAAAACAAAUAAAAAGUCAUAACAAAAGAGUAACAAACCAACAAUAUAUAAUACAAGACAAAGAAAACCAAGAAAGACCAACUAGGAAGUAACUAACUAAAUCAUUAUUGUUGUUGUUGUCUUUUUUUAAUUUUCAAUUGUUUAUGUUUUUGGUUUCUCAUGUGUGGUGUUUCUCAGUACAAUACACACCAACAACUUAAACCUCAUCAUCUUCGUCAUCAUUUGAACCAUCAACCAACCUUAACGUAAUCAACAAAAGGAACAACAUAAAAGUUAAAUAACAACAACAACAAGAAAAAUAACACCAGCAAGAUGUCAUCAUCGAUUAAAGUUGCUGUCAGGGUUCGUCCCUUUAAUGCAAGGGAAGUGGAUAUGGAUGCUCAGUGUAUUGUGGAAAUGGAAAGUAAAAAAACUCGUUUGCUCAAGCCAAAAGUACAAUCAAUGCGUGAUACACAGUUUCAUGAUUUUACAUUCGAUUACUCCUAUUGGUCAUUUGACAAAGAAGACAAACACUUUGCCACACAACAACAAGUCUACAGUGACUUGGGUACAGAUGUUAUUGAUUGUGCCUUUGAAGGUUACAAUGCUUGCGUGUUUGCUUACGGCCAAACAGGCUCCGGUAAAACAUUUACUAUGAUGGGCACCAGUGAUAACCCUGGCCUUAUACCACGUAUUUGUUCGGAACUUUUUGCUCGCAUGCGUGUUGGCCAGGAGUCGGGCACCAGUUAUAAAACACAUGCCAGUUAUUUGGAAAUUUAUAAUGAACGUGUUAAAGAUUUACUGGGUCCUCAGUCUAGUGGUCAUGGUCUGAGAGUUAGAGAACAUCGCACUUUGGGUCCAUAUGUUGAGAAUUUAUCACAACAUUCUGUAGCUGAUUUCGAGGAAAUUCAAGAGUGUAUAGCUCGUGGUAAUGUACAACGCACAACGGCCAGUACAAAUAUGAAUGAUACCAGUAGUAGAAGUCAUGCCAUAUUUACCAUAACAUUUGUGCAAGCGGGCUUUAUGAAUGAUAUGCCUAGUGAGACAGUAUCGAAAAUACAUUUAGUGGAUUUGGCAGGAAGUGAACGAGCUAAUGCCACGGGCGCCACUGGACAACGUUUAAAAGAGGGAGCCCAUAUUAACAAAUCAUUGGUUACUUUGGGCAGUGUUAUUUCGGCCUUGGCAGAACAAAGCAAUUCCUCGGGAUUAAAUACCACGGGUGGCAAUUCAAAACGUGUUUUAUAUAUACCCUAUCGUGAUUCCAUUCUCACCUGGUUGCUGAAAGACAGUUUGGGAGGCAAUAGUAAAACUAUUAUGAUAGCUGCUCUUUCGCCGGCCGAUUGUAAUUACAGUGAAACCUUAAGUACUUUGCGUUAUGCCAACCGCGCUAAGAAUAUCAUCAAUAAACCAACAAUCAAUGAAGAUCCUAAUGUUAAACUUAUACGUGAAUUGCGUGAUGAAAUCAAUAAACUGAAAUCCAUGUUAAAUGGAGAUGUGCAUGCCCUGCAGCCUUCUCUUAAAAUGUUGGAAGAUUUACAAAAGAAAGAGGCUCAGGAGAAACAUCUUACCGAAGAAUGGACUGAAAAAUGGAAGGAAGCUCAAUCUAUUUUACAAGAACAAAAAAGUUUGGGUUUACGCAAAUCCGGUGUGGGUGUUGUAUUGGACUCAGAAAUGCCUCAUCUUAUUGGCAUACAUAAUGAUAUAACUACCGGUGUUACUUUAUACAGUUUAAAAGAGGGUGAAACCUCUAUAGGUACCGAGGAGUCUGAAAUACCACCUGAUAUAGAGUUAAGUGGUGAUGGUAUACGUCCUCAACAUUGCAGUAUUGUACUCAAGGAUGGCAUUUGCACUUUGCAUCCCAAACCUUUGGCACAGUGUUGGCUUAAUGCCAAUCUUAUAGAUGAACCCACAAAUAUAUCUCAGGGUGAUAUUAUCCUCUUGGGACGCACCAAUAUUUUCCGUUUCAAUAACCCUACUGAGGCAGCUAGACUACGUAAAGAAUAUAGUCGCUCCCAAUUGGAUAUGUCUAGAUUAUCGUUGAUUACUUCAUCACGUGAAAAUCUUUUAACAUCCAGUUUUUGUUUGGAUGAUGAAUCAUCUUCUAUGAGUAGUAGUUUGAUUUCUUCUCCCUUCAAACGUAGUGAUAAACAGUACUACCCUACAAAACCCAUGUCACGUGAUGAUCCUGAGUUACAAGAUGAAAAUCGCAAAAUUUUAGAGACCAUAGAAAAUGCUCUCAAACAAUUAAAUAUUGAACGUGUUCAAAUGCAUGACCAGUACAAGAUUAAAGUACAAAAUUUAACUGAAGAACUUAAACGUUUAGAAAAAGAAGAGAAAAAUAGUUUGGAGUUGUUGCGCUGUCGCGAAGAAGAACUAAUGGCCAGAAAAGAUAUGUUACUUUGGGAGAAAAAUAAUGAAAAAGUACAGACUGAUAUUGUGUGUAGACAGAUCUCUGCUUUGCAAACCCAGCUCGACUCAAAAAAACGUGAUUUUUCUGAGUAUGUUGCCAAAGAGCUGCAAGAAUUGCAAGAUUGUGGCAAAUUAGAUGAGAUUGACAUAAAAGUGGAUCCUUCCGUCCCUUUGACCGACGAUUUAUUAUUGCUCGCAGCCGAUUCAUUAGACUUAUUUGCUUCACAAUUUAUUAAAGACACAGUUAAAAGAAAUAACGAAGACAUACAUCGUUUAGAUGAACAGGUGGCUGAAAAGGAACGUAUCUUAAAGGCCAGCACAACAAAAAUCGCACAAGUUGAUGAAAAUCUAUUACAAAUCGAAGAACAAUUGGAAAAGUUACGUUUGCAACGUUUACAAAAGGAAGCUGACUAUGACAAUGAUUUACAAAUGAAAAAAGAAAACUUAAAACUUAACCUCAACAAGAAAUCCACAACCGAUAUGAAUGUUCAGACCGAAAAUGACAUCUCAUCGAGAACUGAUACUUAUGAAACUACCUGUGAUACUUUUCAUACAGCUCAAACGAAUUGCUCCAAUCUCAGUUCACCGACAAUCGCAGAAGAUGAAAUAACGCCUCUGAGUAGUUGUACUCUGUCGUCGGGCGAAAUUGACGAUGUUGAUGAUAUUAACGACGAUGAUGACGAUACAAUUUCCGAUGGUAUACGAAAAUCAAAAUCAUCACCUUCCUCUUCAAUGGCCACAAACACAGAAGACACCCAGUCGAGUUCGAAAAGUGGCAGCAUAAGAAAAAACCUAAAUGUACCCAAUGCUGUAAUGAGUGACAGUGGCGUGUGCUUGGAUACGGUGGUGAAAUCUUCCAAUCUUAAUAAUUUGCACGACUUGACAACCUCUACAAAUAUGCCCCUAGAUAAUGAUAAUGCCUUAAAUCAUGCAGCAUGCAAUUCAGAUGAUGAGACAGCUUCAUGUUCAUCUUGUGAAAUUAGUGCUAAUUCUGAUAGCGUGCAGACACACUGUCCCAUGCACAGUUUACGACGUAAAAUUGCUGCACAAAAAGCUUUAAUUAUGAAAAAUCUCGAAAUGAAUGUCAACAAAACAAUGUUGGAUGAACAGAUAGCCGAGUUGCAAGAGUUGCAAAAACGUUAUGUUAAAAUUGAAAAGCAUAUGUUAGAAACGGGACAACAUACAAUGGAUGAACAUCAACUAUGUUGUCAAACGAAUGCAGAAGAACUAGAGUAUGACAAUGAAGAGGGAGUGGAAACAGCAUCCCGCUAUAGAGAUAUAACAUCUUCCAUGGAGAGUUCUAGUUAUAUGUCAAAUAUGACACGUUCUUGGCCUUCAGUUAGAGAUUUUUCGGAAACUGAACAUGUUAUUACUAUACCUACCUUUGUGAUACGGGGAGCUGGUAAACAGACACAUUAUGAAUAUGAAAUACGCAUAAUUUUGCCCGAUGGUAAAUUGAAUAUAAUGCGUCGUUAUAGCCGCUUUAGAGAGUUGCAUAUGAGUAUGAAGAAUACCUAUGGAGCCAAGAUUGCCGCUUUACCCUUUCCACGACGUGAACUAUUCUCCUCAAAUAGUGAAACUGUAGCUAAGCAUCGCAGGCGUUUGCUUGAAUUAUAUUUGCGCAGGCUAUUUGUAGUCUGCUCACGCAUACCACAGAGUCCCAUCUAUGAAGGAGCCGGUGGUCCCGGCCUUACCAGAGCCUCUUUGGCUCAAUUUUCGCCUUUCUUCAAGAAGGGCCUUUUCGAGAACGGCAGGCACGGGACGGGAUAAUAGUUACCCUACUGCUAAAUUAUCUCCUACCUACAGUGUGUCUUUUAAUAUAUUUUUAUUAUUUAUUAAGUUAUAUGUCACAAUCAUGAUGAUAAAUGUUAAACAACUUUACCCCUCAAAGGCGUUCGUUCAACAGGAGUUUUCCCUAAUCAAAAU